AUGACCAACGCCGCUAGAUGCGCCUCUCCCCCAACACCACGCAAUAAUGCUCCGCUACUCCCUCUCCCCAAGAACAAUCCACGCCCUCGCCUCCCUCCCCCACGCCGCUCCCCCCGAAGAGAUUCUCCGCUGCGCGGCCUCCGCCACCGAGUUCCUCUCAUUUAUCUUCUCGCCCCCGAGAAAGGCGCCUUCACCGGCAUCAACAACGACCCUUCAACCCGCUGGCACCUCCGAGAGCCCCUCGCCCUCCCCUGGCACAAGGUCUUCCUCGUCGCGCAGUGCGAGGCCGCUGGCGGCGACUACGGCGAGAAGCUCUCCCUCCAGGCCCGCAACAACCUUUACGCUGCCCGCAACCGCAUCGUCAAGAUCCUCGGGCAGGUCCUGCGCGCCUGUGCCGACGUCAUGGGCGCCCGCCGGGACGCCGUCGGCCUCCGGCGCACCCUCGAGACCUGGCGCGGCGUCGAGGGGCUGGCGACGGAGCUGCUGCAGGUCCCCGGCAUCGGACCCAAAAAGGCAGAUGUGCUCGUCAAACACGGCGUCCAGUCUGUACGCCAGCUCGCUGACUUGGAGUUCUACCACAUCGAGAGGAUUUUAUGCCGCAACCCGCCUUUCGGCCAGAAGGUGUUGCGCAGCUUGGCGCACUUCCCGCGUCUUGCACUCGUUAUCGACGUUGCCAGACGGGGCGAGGGCAUAGAGAAGGCGAUUGUCCGAGCCGUCCUGGGUUGUUCGAACCGCGAGAUCCCCGUCUGGAAAGAGAAGGCGCCUUCGGUCACUUUGGCUGCCGAGAUCCCGGAUGGAAAGCUGGUUUUCUUUUGGAGAGGCAAAGUCAAAAGCCUGAUGGCGGGAAAAGAGCUCGCGUUCCCCGUCGAGGCGGCGCCGGACCAGAAGGUGUUUGUGUGGGCGAGUUGCGAGGAAAUUGCUGGCACUUAUGUGACGGGCGAGGUGAAGGUUUAG